GCGGUGUAGAAGUGAAUACAAUAGAAACGGGAGGCUGCAUGGGAGUACUUUGAAUCAAACGUAACGGAAUCUAUCAUCUGGGACUCGGCCGUGUUAAUUUUUUUCUGCCGGCUUCAGGAUGAUGAAGUUUAGGUUCAGGAGGCAGGGGAACGAUCCCCAGAGAGAGAAGAUCAAACAGGACCUCUUUGCAUUCAAUAAGACUGUCGAACAUGGAUUCCCUAACCAACCCAGCGCCUUGGCCUACGAUCCAAAGCUACAGCUUAUGGCCAUUGGCACCAAGUCCGGAGCCAUCAAAGUCUAUGGAGCACCCGGAGUGGAAUUCACUGGCCUGCACAGAGACACCGCCACAGUCACGCAGAUCCACUUCCUCUAUGGACAGGGCCGGAUCCUCUCGCUGUUGGAUGACAACACUCUGCACCUGUGGGAGAUUAUCCAGAAGGACAGCUACUCUCACCUGGAAGAGGUCCGCAGCUUCACCCUACCCGGCCGACCGGGGAUCGAGAGCGCCAGUGCGACCCGUGUGACUGUGCUGCUGCUCAUGCUGAGGUGUGACCUGCUUUGCGUGGGCACAGAGGGAGGUGGCGUCCACUUCGUGGAGCUGCCCAGCCUCACCCUGCUGGACAAGUCUCUGCUCCAGGAUGAGGUGCUGCAGAGCGUUCCCGAGGACUACAAACACGGGAAGUCGCUGGGCCCCGUGGAGUCCCUGCAGGAGCAUCCUCAGCAGCCGGACAAGAUCCUCAUUGGCUACAGCCGCGGCCUGGUGCUCCUGUGGGACAUGGACUCGCGGCACGCCGAUAACGUCUUCCUGGGAAAGCAGCAGCUGGAGAGCUUGGUGUGGGAACGGACCGGGAGCUCCUUCGUCAGUUCCCAUAGCGACGGUGGCUACAUGGUGUGGUCCGUCAGCAGUGGCACCCCGUGUGCCAGUCAGCCAUCCACGUCCACUAUACCCUACGGUCCAUUUCCUUGUAAAGCUGUGAACAAGAUCCUCUGGAGAACAGCAGAAUCGGGGCCUCCGUUGGUGCUCUUCAGCGGCGGCAUGCCCCGGGCGAGCUACGGAGACCGCCACUGUCUGACCAUCCUGCAGGACAGCACGCACGUCACGCUGGACUUCACGUCCCGAGUAAUCGACUUCUUCACCAUCCACUGCACAGAUCCCCUAAAGGAGUUCGACGACCCCACGGCCCUGGUGGUCCUCCUGGAAGAGGAGCUGGUUGUGAUUGACCUCUUGACCCCCGGCUGGCCCACGAUCCCGUGUCCGUACCUGGCCCCACUCCACUCGUCGGCCAUCACCUGCUCCUACCACAUCUCCAACGUGCCCGCGCGGCUCUGGGAGAGGAUUGUCAGCUCGGGGCAGCAGCAGCAGUGCCCCCAGCAGACGCCUGUGAACUGGCCGAUCUGUGGAGGCAAGAGCUCGGCGCCUGAACCCAAACAAAAGGAGCUGCUACUGACGGGUCACGAGGACGGCACUGUGCGCUUCUGGGACGCCUCUGGCGUGUCCCUCAAGCCCCUGUACAAGCUGAGCACGGCCAACAUCUUCCAGACGGACUGCGACCACAACGACAGCCUGACCCAGGCCGGGGAGGAGGACUGGCCCCCUUUCAGGAAGGUGGGCUGUUUUGACCCCUACAGUGAUGACCCCAGGUUGGGCAUUCAGAAGAUCUGCUUGUGUAAAUACAGUGGCAAACUAGUGGUCGCUGGAACUGCUGGACAGGUGGUGGUGAUGUAUCUGAGCGAUGAGAAGUCUGAUCACAUGAUCGACGCGGCCACGAUGGACCUGCUCCAGGACCGGGAGGGCUUCACGUGGAAGGGGCACGACCGCCUGCCGCCCAAGUCCGGCUCGGUGGUGUUCGCCCCCGGCUUCCAGCCCGUCGUCCUGGUGCAGUGCAUGCCCCCCGCCGCCGUCACCGCGGUAACGCUGCACGCCGAGUGGAACCUCAUCGCCUUUGGCACCAGCCACGGCUUCGGACUCUUCGACUACCACCGCCGCAGCCCCGUGUUGGCAAGAUGCACGCUGCACCCCAACGACUCCCUGGCCAUGGAGGGGCCACUCUCCCGGGUCAAGUCUCUGAAGAAGUCACUGCGUCAGUCUUUCAGAAGGAUCCGGAAGAGCAGAGUCUCUGGGAAGAAGCGGGUAGUCGUCAACAGUCCCACCAGUAAAGUGCAGGAGGCCAACGCCCACCUGGCGGAGCAUGACGAGAUGGCCCCCGUCCAGAGGAGGAUCGAGCCCCGCUCCGCCGACGACUCACUCUCGGGGGUGGUGCGCUGCCUCUGCUUCGCCGACACAUACCUCAGAGACGGGACCCAUCACGGCCCGACCAUGUGGGCCGGCACCAACUCGGGCUCGGUGUACGCGUACGCGCUGGACGUUCCGCCGCAGGAGCGCUUCUCCGAGCAGAGCGUGGAGGCCCUGCUGGGCAAGGAGAUCCAGCUGAUGCACCGGGCGCCCGUGGUCUCCAUCGCCGUGCUGGACGGCCGGGGGAACCCCCUGCCCGAGCCCUACGAGGUGUCCAGGGACCUGGCCAAGGCCCCGGACAUGCAGGGCAGCCACUCCGUGCUCAUCGCCUCAGAAGAACAGUUCAAGGUGUUCACGCUGCCCAAGGUGAGCGCCAAGACCAAGUUCAAGCUGACCGCCCACGAGGGGUGCCGAGUGCGGAAGGUGGCGCUGUCCAACUUCGCCAGCGCGGCGUCGGACGACUACUCGGAGAACGGCCUGGUGUGCCUGACCAACCUGGGCGACAUCCACGUGUUCAACGUGCCGGCGCUGCGGCCGCAGGUGCGCUACGACUGCAUCCGCAAGGAGGACAUCAGCGGCAUCGCCUCCUGCGUGUUCACCAAGACCGGCCAGGGAUUCUACCUGAUCUCGCCCUCGGAGUAUGAGCGUUUCUCAUUGUCUGCACGCGUCAUCACGGAACCUCUGUGUCAGGUGGAGGUGGACCGACCGCACGAGCCCACCGCCCACAGUGACAGCACAACAGCCCCACCUCACGCGAACGGCACUCAUAAGAAGCAGACCACUGGAGAGCACAAGUCCGUAGCAGAGGCCGAAGGCAUGGUCGAUGAACUGCAGAAUGCGUUACACUCGACGAUGCUGGAUUCCCCCAACAGCAGUGCUGACAUCACUCUCGACACCACCGGGGAGCUCACUGUGGAGGACGUGAAGGACUUCCUCGUGACCGUGGACGAGGCCGAGAACAACCGGAGAAAUAUCACCGAGGAGGACGCCCGGCCUCCUGGAAUCCUCAUCAACUGAGCGGCGAGGGAGGG